UCUGAUCUUAAUACAGACCUCGGAUAGUAUACAUGUAGGAUGUGCGGACACUCCAAUGGUCCGAGAGGCAGACGUGUGAAUCUUGUCUAUGACUGAGAUGGCCUACAGUGAGGUGAACAAUGGAAUCAAACAGGAGCAGACGACACACUUCCACGAUCUCUUGCAUGCACAGCUGUCGGCGGAAGACAGCAGGAACAACGACAACAACGACUCGGCGGAGGAGUCCGGCGAGAGCCCGCUGGAUUUCUCCAUCAAGCGAAAGCCUACGAGUUAUGACGAGGUGUCUGGGUCAGACUCGCUGUCCUCGCCGGCUUCGUCAUUUAACGACACCGGCGGUCACCUAGAAGACCGGAAGAGCGACACAGACGGCGGCUCUAUUAACAAAUCCUCAUCAUCUCAGGAAUCCCCUCCAGACAGUUCUCCGCUGUUUCACCAUAAACAAUUUAAAAAUGAACAGCUAAGGCACGAAAUCUCGCCAGUACAUGAACGUAUAGGGCGGCCCAAGCCUGGCGACACGAGCGGGAUUCCCAGCAUGUUUCACGAGCAGCUACUUGGACUGGCGAAUGCUAAUAUGUUGAACUCGUUUCCGGCAAUGGCAGCGUUAAUGGACCCUCGUAGGUUGUCUGCCGUUUCAAAAAUGGGGACUCGUCCAUUUAAAGCAUAUCCAAAUCACUCUUUGUCAUUACCAUCAGAAGUUGGUGCUAUCCCUGAUUAUCUCACUUCAUUUGCAAACUUUGAAAACAGUGCAUUGAUGCAAGGACUGAAUCUCUCAUCCGAAGAAAUGUUUAACGUUUACAAGCAGCAAUUACUCACAAUUAGAGAACGAGAAAAGUACCUUGAGAACAUGAAGAUCUCCACGGAAAAUGGCGGAGGUCGGACGACGAGUGCGGCCACAUCAUCGCCUAGCGCCUCUCUUCCGUCUUCCCUCUCGUCAAUCCAUCUGGCGACCACAAUGGCCGCUCGAAACAACGGUAUUAACAACAACCACUUUUUCGGCCUCACUGCUGGCACAAAACCGUCAUCUGGACCGCCGUCCACGGCAUCCACGUUUUCAAAUUUCUCUAAUAGUUCAAAAAAUGACAAUACUGACCGUUUGACGCACAGCCCGACCCUGUCGUCGUUGACCGCCAGUGGACGGCGACGACCGCGGUCACUUCCGGAUGAACAGAAGGACGAUGCAUAUUGGGAACGGCGCCGGAAGAACAACGAGGCAGCUAAGCGGUCGAGAGACACCCGGCGCGCUAAGGAGGACCAGAUCGCCAUCCGAGCCGCCCUGUUGGAGCAGGAGAACCUGAAACUGAGGGUUGAAGUGGCCGCCUUGAAGACAGAAACCGCCAAACUCAGGUGUAUGCUCUAUAACAGCUAGUCGCCGUUUGGAGACGUCCGUUUCUUCAAUAGAACUACUGCCAUAUACAUG